UGCUACUCAAAACAUUUACGAUGAAACUCUACCCUUAGCUAAUAACUAUUCUAGGCAUGUAAGGACAACGGCUUUAAAAAGUAAAACGUGCAAGUUGUGAACAUGUUAAUACUUAACCUAGCUAGCUAAAGUGAAAAGGUACUUCCAGUUUUACCGAAGCUAACUGGUGUCUCGGACGUGCUAAUUUAUCGCUUUGUUAGUACCUAGAUUAGCUAACGCUAUUGAUUUCAUGUUUUCACUAGGACGGUCAACCCAUUUACCCCUGCUUAAAAUAUAGCUAGGUAACAUAACUAGCAUAGCUAGUUAGCUACCUAAAGCUUUCAUAACUUGCUAAACAUACUAGCUAACCGCUAGCUAGCGCAGUCUCGUGGUUUUAGUGACUCUAUUGUCUAUUUGGCUAAACAUAUUUUGCCACCUAGAUAGCUAGCGUUAGCUAAUUUACCUACAUUAUCAAUUAAUGUUAACGGCUUACGUUGAGAAAUGAAAAACUUUAUCCUUAAUGCUAAUAGCCUGUUAACCUAGUUUAGCAGUUGGUUGCUUAGCUGCAUCACUAGGUUAAUCUGAUUUGUUGGCUGUUUGGAAGCUUCAUAAGACAUUCACAAAUUGUUAUAACUUUAGCUAGCUACUAUGUUCAAGCAGUCCUCGGUAGAUUUAGACCCCAAGCCAUUUGCCAAGCAAUCAGACACCAAGCAUCAUAAAAAUGGAGAAAAAAAUAGUCCUAUAAGCGUAAUAUUGGUUAGUUCAGGGAGCCGGGGUAACAAACUGCUCUUUCGCUAUCCAUUUCUGAAGGUCUCUGAAAAUACCUCAUCAACCACAACAAAACAACGGAGUCCAUAUGUGUUGAGUUCCAUGAAUGAUGUCACAGAUGAUCAGGAUGGAGACUCAAGGUUCUCUGAUAUCAUUCUUGCUACCAUCUUGGCCACCAAGUCGGACAUGUGUGGCAAAAAGUUUGAGUUGAAGAUUGAUAAUGUCCGCUUCAUUGGACACCCCACCUUGCUGCAGCCUCCACACACCAUUCAGGUCUCCAAAAGUGACCCUUCUCCCAAAAGAGAGAUGCCCACCAUGAUCUUGUUCAGUGUGGUAUUUGCAUUAAGGGCCAAUGCAGAGCCGUCGGUGAUCAGCUGCAUGCACACACUGUCGCGGCGUGUGGCUGUGGCCCUGCAACACGAGGAGCGGCGCUGCCAGUACCUCACCAGGGAGGCCAAACUGAUGCUAGCCGUGCAGGACGAGGUCACUGCUGCUGCUGAGACGGAUGGCACUCCACAGUCACCCUUUCGUCACAUCCUUCCCAAGUGUAAACUGGCAAGAGAUCUGAAAGAAGCCUACGAUAGCCUCUGCACCACCGGAGUGGUACGACUUCACAUCAACAGCUGGCUGGAAGUCAGCUUCUGUCUGCCCCACAAGAUUCACCAUGUUGGAGGGAAGCACAUCCCUCCCGAGGCCCUGGAGCACAGCCUCAAGGCUAUCCGGCCAUACCAUGCAUUGCUGCUGCUGGACAGUGAGAAGGCGCUGCUGGCUGAACUUCCUAUCGACUGCUCUCCCGCACUGGUGCGGCUCAUCAAAAUCUGCUCGGCCACAAAGAACCUGCAGCAGCUAGCACAGGAUGCUGACCUGGCCCUCCUACAGGUCUUUCAGAUAGCUGCUCACCUGGUUUACUGGGGUAAAGCCAUCAUUGUGUAUCCACUCUGUGAGAACAACGUUUACAUGCUGUCCCCGCAUGCCAACAUUUGUCUGUACUCUGCCCUGGCAAAACAGUUUGCCCAGCAGUUCCCUGGUCAUGACAUGCCAUCCAUGUUAGCCAAGUUCUCUUUACCCGUGUCUCUGUCUGAAUUCCGGAACCCUCUGGAUGCUCCUGUACAUGAGGCCCAGCUGAUCCAGAUGGUGGUGUGGAUGCUACAGCGAAGGUUGCUCAUCCAACUGCACACCUACGUGUGUCUUCUGGUUCCACUGAGCGAGGAGCAGGCAGGUCCGUGUGACGAGGAGCUGGCGGUUGUUGGCCGCACAGCCGCCCGGAGCCUGAGCACACCCGCCGCCCUCAGUUUCGGUUCCCCGACCAGCAGUGAUGACAUGACGCUGACUAGCCCCAGCAUGGAUAAUUCCAGUGCAGAGCUGCUACCAGGGGCUGACUCCCCGCUCAGUAAGAGGAUGACUGAGACCCUGCUGGCCAGUCUGGCCGAGCAUGAGCGGCAGGCCAUCCUUAGUGUGCCAGCUGCCCAGAACCCUGAGGACCUGCGCAUGUUUGCCAGGUUACUGCACUACUUCAGAGGCCACCACCAUCUGGAGGAGAUCAUGUACAACGAGAACAUGCGACGUUCGCAGCUGAAGACCCUCUUUGACAAGUUCCACAGCGUUUUAGUGGUUACCAACCAUGAGGACCCCAUCAUCUCCCUGUUCCAAUCCCCGCCAGAGUAAUGGGAACCGAGAGUGUCCUCCCUCUUCCUGGUGCAGAACUUCAGUCUGGACUUGAAGACAUAAGACUGCUAGUCACCGAGCUUUAACGAUACCCUUACUGCCUACUUAAUAUAUAUGUCUUUAUGUACAUAGCUUUUAUGACUUAAAAUAUUUCAUGUUUGUCUCAAAACAUGUCUCAAACUUGCUGUGAUAAUAUUGAAUAAUAAUUUGGUAACACUAUUA